AUGCUGAAGGCUUGGCUAAACGAGCAUCGUAAAAAUCCGUAUCCAACGAAGGGUGAGAAAAUAAUGCUGGCCAUCAUCACCAAAAUGAGUCUUACACAAGUGUCCACGUGGUUCGCCAACGCUCGACGCCGUCUGAAGAAAGAGAACAAAGUCACAUGGACUGUUCGUGCCUGUUCCAGCAGCAGCGGUAGCGGUGGAGCUGGAAUAAAUGGAUCCUCGACGUCCGGCAACCCCAACACCGAGGUCGGAGUCUGUGAGGACGAGGAGAUGGCAAACAUGAGCCUUAAAGACCGGCGACAAAGCCAGGCCAGAAAGUCGGGCAAGCGGAGUAACGCCAACAGGAAGUCGAACAGCGACAUACAGACUGCCAACUAUGAGGAAGAUGGAGACGAAGAGGAUGAGGAGGAUGGAGAUCAAGAAGAGGAGGAGGAAGAGGAAGAGGAGGAGGAGGAAGAGGAGGAUGAGGAGGAGGAAGAGGAAGAGGAGACAGAGGAGAAUUGCGACAACGACGAUGACAAUGACGACGAAGACAGAGAGGCAGUGGAAGAAGAGCUAAAGCGAAUGCAAGAAAGGAUCAAGAGUCUCGAGCCAGGCAUGUUGGAGCCCAAUUUCUACGGCCAACUGAGUCGAGUCGUCAAGGCGGUUAGUUAUACCGAGCGAUUUGAUGCCCGAGAUGGGGGGAAUGGAGACUGUGAAAAGGUGCGAGAACUGAAGAGGCGAUUCUGCGAGCUAAAAGAGCCCACUUUCAAUUCUGCGUUUCCCGACGACAUAAACGGUCUCACAAAACGACCGAGCGGACAUCGAGGCUUGGGCGCCUUGUUCGAAAACAGCCGUUGCGAUGAGACCGCAGGUACUGGCGACAAGCGAAUGUCCGUGACCCUGAGACCUGGUCUCGUGGGGCUAUCGCCAACCUCAUCACCCUCCUCUACCGGCGACGAUCCUGCCAGUUUCCACAGCUCCUCGGGGCCGGCAAAGAUCUGGUCCCUUGCGGAACUCGCCUCCACCUCAGAGGAGGCAAAUAGCGACCCGAUCCAACUAGUCGACAAGUCUUCGUCGUCCGCUGGUGCCGCAGUAUCCCAUCAGGCUCUCAACCUGUCGCCCGACGCAGAUCGCCUUGUUUCGGCAAGCGACUCCGAGGCGCUUCUCGCCUCAACGCCGGUGAGUGGUGGUGUCAAGGCGGGACUCGAACUUCAAGCCAGGCAGUCGAGUUGGCUGGCCUUUGCCAACUGGCUGAAUCAGACGACCGUCGGGGCUGGUCAACUGGCACCCAGAGCCGGCGUUCUCAUCCCUUCGUCCUCAUCGCCUCCGUCCGAUCCGUCCGAUCCGUCCGACCCGUGCGAUCUGCCCGAUCCAUCGGAUCAGUCGGUUCCUGCCAACGGACUUAGAGGUCUUCGCAAAGAAGGCAAGUCCGAG